CCCAGGAUGGGAACCCCAGAUGGAAUCUGAAACCUCCUCACAGCCAGGAAUGCGGCUUUGCCCGGGACACAGGACACCGAGGCUUGGGGCAGAGAACUCCUUCACGGUAGAGAGGAACCGCCUCAGCCCCAGGCCACCUUCCCCGUGGGCCGGCCACAGGGUCGGGGAGCGGUCCCAACAGGCCCGACUGCAACCCCGUGUGUGGGGCCUGGCCUCGUGGCAUGCAGGGUCCCCAGGAGACACCUGAGGUUCGGAGAGGGGACGUGCCAGGCCCGAGACACACAGCCCGGAGGGCCAGCUCUCAAUGUUGCAAGAAAAAAUAGACCAUUUGGAGCGUUUGCUAGCUGAGAAUAAUGAGAUCAUCUCAAACAUUAGAGACUCGGUCAUCAAUUUGAGUGAGUCUGUGGAGGAUGGUCCAAAAAGUUCACAAGGCAAUUUCAGCCAAGGUGCUGGCGCACCUCUUCUGCCAUCAAAACAGUUGUCCCUUGUAGUGGACCCUGAAGACUGUUCGUUCGCUUUGCAAAGUGGAAGUCGGAAUUCAGAUGUGCAGAUGUUGGAUGUUUACAGUCUAAUUCCUUUUGACAAUCCAGAUGGUGGAGUUUGGAAACAAGGAUUUGACAUUAGCUAUUUAUUUAAUGAAUGGGACUCUAAGCCCCUUCAAGUCUUUGUGGUGCCUCAUUCCCAUAAUGACCCAGGUUGGUUGAAGACUUUUGAUGACUACUUUAGAGAGAUGACUCAGUAUAUUUUUAAUAACAUAGUCAUCAAGCUGAAAGAAGACUCACAGAGAAAAUUUAUGUGGUCUGAGAUUUCUUACCUUUCAAAGUGGUGGGAUACUAUAGAUAAGCCGAAGAAGGAUGCUGUGAAAAGUUUGCUACAGAAUGGUCAGUUUGAAAUUGUGACAGGUGGCUGGGUUAUGCCUGAUGAAGCUGCUCCACAUUAUUUUGCCUUAAUUGACCAACUAAUUGAAGGACAUCAGUGGCUGGAAAAAAAUCUAGGAGUGAAACCUCGGUCCGGUUGGUCUAUUGAUCCUUUUGGACAUUCACCAACAAUGGCUUAUCUCCUCAAACGCGCCGGAUUUUCUCACAUGCUUAUUCAGAGAGCUCAUUAUGCAGUUAAAAAACAUUUUGCAUUGCAUAAAACGCUGGAAUUUUUUUGGAGACAGAAUUGGGAUCUGGGAUCUGGCACAGAUAUUUUUUGCCACAUGAUGCCUUUCUACAGCUAUGACAUCCCUCGUACGUGUGGACCUGAUCCUAAAAUAUGCUGCCAGUUUGAUUUUAAACGGCUUCCCGGAGGCAGAUUUGGUUGUCCCUGGGGAGUCCCCCCAGAAACAAUACAUCUUGGAAAUGUCCAAAAGAGGGCUGAGAUGCUUCUAGAUCAGUACCGAAAGAAGUCAAAGCUCUUCCGUACUACAGUUGUCCUGGCCCCACUAGGAGAUGAUUUUCGCUACUGUGAACGCAUAGAAUGGGAUCAUCAGUAUAAGAAUUAUCAGCUGCUUUUUGAUUAUAUGAAUUCUCAUCCUGAGUAUAAUGUUAAGAUACAGUUUGGGACUUUAUCAGAUUAUUUUGAUGCACUGGAUAAAGAAGAUGUAACCAUUAGAAAGAAUAGCCAAUCCAUGUCCCCUGUUCUAAGUGGAGAUUUUUUCACUUAUGCUGACCGAGACGAUCAUUACUGGAGCGGCUACUUUACAUCCAGACCCUUCUACAAACGAAUGGAUAGGAUAUUGGAAUCCCAUCUAAGGGCUGCUGAAAUUCUUUACUGUUUCGCCCUGAAACAAGCUCAGAAAUACAAGAUAAGUAAAUUUCUUUCAUCAUCCCAUUACAUGGCACUGACAGAAGCCAGAAGAAAUUUGGGACUGUUUCAACAUCAUGAUGCUAUCACAGGAACUGCAAAAGAUUGGGUGGUUGUGGAUUAUGGUACCAGACUCUUUCAUUCAUUAACGAAUUUGAAGAAGAUAAUUGGAUAUUCUGCACUACUUCUUAUUUUGAAGGACAAAACCUCGUACAACUCUUACUCUUUUGAUAACCUCCUAGACAUGGAUUUGAAACAAAACUCACAAGGUUCUCUACCACAAAAAACUGUAAUAACACUGAGUGCAGAGCCAAGGUAUCUUGUGGUCUGUAAUCCUUCAGAACAAGACCGAAUCUCAGUGGUCUCAGUCUAUGUGAGUUCCCCCACAGCACAAGUGUCUUCUGCUUCCAGAAAGCCUGUGGAAAUUCAGAUGAGUGCAGUUUGGAAUACAGCAACUACUAUUUCACAGACAGCCUAUGAGAUCUCCUUCCUAGUGCAGAUGCCACCACUCGGACUGAAAGUGUAUAAAAUUUUGGAAUCAGCAAGUUCAGACCCACAUUUAGCUGAGUAUGUGCUGCAUAAUGGUAACGUAAAAGAUAAAGGAAUUUUCAACAUGAAGAAUGUAAAAAGUACUGAAGAAGAUAUAACUCUAGAGAACUCCUUUGUUAAACUUCGGUUUGAUCAGUCUGGGCUUUUGGAGGAAAUGAUAAGUAAAGAAGACAGUAAACAUCAUGAAGUAAAAGUGCAAUUUUCAUGGUAUGGAACCACCAGUAAAAAGGACAAAAGUGGUGCCUACCUCUUCUUACCUGAUGGGGAAGCCAAGCCUUAUGUUUACACAACACUGCCCUUUGUCAGAGUGCAACGUGGAAGGUUUUACUCAGACGUGACUUGCUUUUUGGAACAUGUUACCCAUAGGGUCCGACUGUACAACAUCCAAGGAACAGACGGACAGUCUGUGGAAGUGUCCAAUAUCGUGGACAUCCGAAAAGAACAUAACCGUGAGAUUGCAAUGAGAAUUUCUUCUAGCAUAAACAGUCAAAACAAAUUUUAUACUGACCUGAAUGGAUAUCAGAUUCAGCCCAGAAUGACGAUGAGCAAAUUGCCUCUUCAAGCAAAUGUCUAUCCGAUGACCACAAUGGCCUAUAUACAGGACACCAAGCAUUGCUUGACAUUACUCUCAGCUCAGUCUUUAGGGGUUUCAAGUUUGAAAAGUGGUCAGAUUGAAGUUAUCAUGGAUCGAAGACUCAUGCAAGAUGAUAAUCGCGGCCUUGAGCAAGGUGUCCAUGAUAACAAGGUUACAGCUAAUUUAUUUCGACUACUACUGGAAAAAAGAAGUGUGAAUACGGAAGAAGAAAAGAAGUCAGUCAGUUAUCCUUCUCUCGUUAGCCACAUAACUUCCUCUUUCCUGAAUCAUCCUGUCUUUACAAUGACAGAAAAGAUCCCCGUGCCCACCCUUCAGCUGCUAGGUGAAUUCUCUCCGUUACUGUCAUCUUUGCCUUGUGACAUUCAUCUCGUUAAUCUGAGGACAAUACAGUCAAAGGUGGAUGGCAAGCAUUCCGAUGAGGCAGCCUUGAUCCUCCACAGGAAGGGGUUUGACUGCCGCUUCUCGAGCAGAGACACGGGGCUGCUUUGUUCCACAACCCAGGGAAAGAUUUUGGUACAGAAGCUUCUUAGCAUGUUUACUGUCGCAAGUCUCAUACCUUCAUCAUUAUCCUUGAUGCAUUCACCUCCAGACGCCCGAAAUAUAAGUGAGAUCAACUUGAGUCCCAUGGAAAUCAGCACAUUCCGAAUCCAGUUGAGAUGAACCUGGCUUUCAAAUUUUGAUUGGGAAGCAUUGUCUUUUAUACACUUCUUGGUUUGACGUGCAAUAAGGAAGCACAUUAUUUUAGCUUCUGGCUACUGUGAGGACAUGAAUUAUGUGAUUGUUAUUAUAAUUAUUAUUAUUAUUAUUAUUAUUAUUAUUAUUAUUAUUAUUUUACUAGUACAGAAAGAAAAAAAAAAGCCAUGCUAUAGCCAGUUUUUCUUUAAGUUCCAUCCAUGAAUCACCACCAUCAGUAUGAAUCGAUGCAACAAUGAAGGAAGAAA